AUGAAGUUUGUGGUUUUAGCAUUGCUGAUUGUGUCAGCAUUAGCUGAAGAUAUUAAUUAUGAUCCAAUCGAUAGUUCAAGUGCUGUUCGACGAAGUGAACUUCCAGGCUUUUGGGAUGGCAAAGACUUUCCAAGAAUUCUUAGCGCUUCAUUCGCCAGAUCACCGAGAAUUGUUGGAGGAACUCCAGUGAAUCCAGCACAUUCAGCUAAUUAUAUUGCUCUCCUCAAUGUAAACUUCCCUUUUGGCAUUGCCCUUUGUGGUGGAUCAAUUCUCACCAAUAGAGCAAUUUUAACAGCAGCUCAUUGCAUUCAUGAGAGCACACACACUUUACUAAUCGUUGGUGUCCACAAUCGUCAUGUCAUUGAACCAUCACAACAACGUAGAACCAUUCUGCCUUUACGUUAUGUAAAUCAUCCACUUUUUAAUGCACGAACUUUAAAUUCAAAUAUUGCGAUUCUUCAUAUCGACUCACCAUUGACAAUGACUCUACAAGUUGGUGUCGUUCGUUUACCACCAGAAGGAUCACCAGAGCUUUUUGCUAAUGAAAAUGCAAGAUCACUCGGAUGGGGACGAGUAAAUAACACUGGACCGACUUCAAGUAUCUUGAUGCAAGCUUUCAAUACUGUCAUUACUAAUGCUUUAUGUGCUCCGUCAUUUGCACCUGGAAUAGUCAGCGAUACUACACUUUGUGUAUCUACAUCAGCAACUGGUGGACAAGGUGCAUGUCAUGCUGAUGAAGGUGGUGUUCUUGACAUUCAGAGGCUUCCAGGUAAUCCAAUGCAAAUUGGAAUCACAAGUUUCUUUGCACCUGCUGGCUGUGUCACUGGACUUCCAAUUGGAUACACGAGAAUUACAAAUUUCCGUGGUUGGAUUACACAAAAUACAGUUCCACCAAAUCCACCAUUGCCAUAA